UUUCGAUUUGUUGAGUAUGAACAGUUUUCUUUCUCAAAUUGAUAUGUGUAAAGAUGAAUACAUCAUUUACGAUCUGUAUCGAUAUGUGUAAUAGUCAAUACAUAAUUUAUGAAAUGUAAUGAUGUGUGCAAUGCUUAAUGCAUCUUUUAUGUUUUCUCUGUCUGGAUUAGAAGACACAAUGAACCAGAGACUCCCACUUUUCUUUCUUUCUUUACUUUGCUAUUUUGUCAUUCUGCUGGUCAAUAUUGCUCUAAUUCUUACCAUAAUAGUAGACAAACAUCUUCAUGAACCCAUGUACAUCUUCCUGUGUAAUCUCUGCAUCAAUGGACUUUAUGGGACGGCCGGAUUUUACCCCAAAUUCUUCUUUGAUUUGCUGUCCUCUACUCAUCUCAUAUCCUAUUCUGAGUGUCUUGUACAGGUCUUUGUCAUAUACUCCUAUGCUGCAGGGGACUUCUCUAUUCUGGCUCUGAUGGCUUAUGACAGACAUGUGGCUAUAUGUCGCCCUCUAGAAUACCUAUCAAUCAUGACUAAAGAGAGAGUUGCCUUUCUAGUAUGCAUGUCUUGGGUUGUACCCUUGUGUCUUGAGGUUGUUGUAAUAUUGAUGACAUCAAUGCUAGAAUUAUGUGGGUCUCACAUAGAUAAACCCUAUUGUGCCAACUGGUCCAUUGUUAAACUUUCUUGCACCUCAACAACCACCAACAAUAUUGUUGGUUUUAUAACAAUCCUUUUCUACUUUUGCCAUUAUGUGUUUAUUAUUUGUACAUAUGUGACACUUGUCAAAACAUGUUUAAGAUCCACAGAAGGGAAGAAAAAGUUAAUGCAGACAUGUCUCCCACAUUUACUCUGUCUACAAAAUGUCUCCAUUGCCUUACUGUUCGAUCUUUUGUGCACUCGAUAUGGAACACAAUCUGUACCACAGAAUCUCAGGAACUUAAUGGCUGUACAGUUUCUUGCCUUUCCUCCUAUUCUCAAUCCUCUCAUUUAUGGACUGAAUCUCAGUAAAGUUCGAAACAGACUUGGAGGUUUCUUAAAGACCAAGUAGGUUUUGAACAGUCCACCGUGAACAGAUUGAUCCAACUUGGAGGCUAUUCUAUAAUAAUUCCCCUAAGUUUCACGUCAUGUCUUACAAUAUGUUUGAUAAUAGCCAAGGAGGCUGGCGCAAUACCUAUA